CUGUUUCAAAGUUACCCAACUGCCGCAAUCAGAUUACCCCACGAUCACACAAAACCCAUCAUCAGAAGCAGUAAUUACAUCUAAGAGCAGAUAUGGCGAAUGAGGGUAAACCCGACGAGCAGCUUUUUCAGCUUCUUUCCGGUCUUCUUCAACAGGUGGAAUCAUUGACAAACACAGAAGAGGUUGAGCUACGUUCUAAGAUCGAAGCUCUUGGUUUGGAAGUCACUAAAGUCCCAUCAAAAUCUGCUCAACACCUCAAUGAGGUGGAUAUAGCUAAUGAGUUGGAUAAGUUAUCAGCCAAAUUAGACGAUGUUGAUGAGAUGAUAUCAUCAGCUAUUGCUUCUGAUCCACAAGUUCAGACGCUUCUUAGCGGCACUGCUGAUGUUUGGUUGCCUGUUAUUACUGCUGGCACUCAGGAGAGACUUAACUUCACUGCCUCUCUUUCUGCUCCUGCUGAUGAUGAUGACCAGCUUCCUAAUAAGAAGGACACUACUCCAAUGUAAAAACUCAGUUUUCUCUUUUGCAGUCUUGUUUCUUUUUUAUGUAUAUCAAACGAAGACCAAGUUUUUUUUUUAAUAUUCAUGAGUGAUAUUGUUGAUGUUGGAUGUUUAUUAUGCAAAUUCAAUACAACUGUUUUAUUUAUCAUUA